CACUCUUUUCUCAAGCCCAGCUUAACUCAAGUGCGUAAGUAUCCCAACCCAACUUUGUGGGAAUUGGGAACUGAACUUGAGAGAGAGAGAGAGAGAGAGAAUGUUGGGGAAGAAGUGUAAAUCCAUAGCAAAGCUACCUUCUUGUUGUGUACCAAACUCGGAUUGUGUCUGUUUGGGUCAUCGGAGUCAAGUUGCCAGCGAAACGGUGCAUGCCAGAAAGCUUGCUGCUGCUGCUGCUGCUGUGCCGGCGUCGUUGGAAAGGUGCAGUGUGUGCUUAGAGGAAGACGAGAAGGUGUGUAAGUGCGACAUCAAUAUCAGUACUGAGGAGGAGUUGUUCAAGAGUAGUAGUGUGAUCGACCAGGCUGCUACUCCUAGAGUAAACGCCAACAGUUCUUUUGCUCAUGCUGUCAUCAACAUGGUUGGAAUGCUUAUAGGGCUUGGACAAUUAUCAACUCCAUUUGCUCUACAAAACGGAGGAUGGUCCUCUGCAUUCCUCCUCGUCGGCCUCGGAAUAGUCUGUGCAUACAGUUCCCACCUCCUCGGAAAAUGCCUCUCCAACAACCCCAAAUUAAUGAACUACACCGACAUCGGACACCACGCUUUCGGCACCAAAGGAAGGCUCCUAGCAGCCUCUUUCAUCUACAUGGAAAUCUUCAUGGCUCUUGUUUCCUACACAAUCUCUCUCCACGACAACUUAAAUACCGUCUUUUUCGGGGCCCACUUCGACUUACCCUCAAUUCACUUAUCGACCUCUCAGCUGCUGACUGUGAUCGCGGUCUUGGUCGCGCUUCCCAGUCUGUGGCUGAGAGAUCUUUCUUCUAUAUCUUUUCUUUCCAUCGGGGGUAUUUUUAUGUCACUCAUUAUUUUUACGAUGGUGGCUUUAACGCCUAUUUUGGGAGGCGUGAAGGCGAACAGGGAGAUACCGAUUCUUCGUGUUGAGAAUAUUCCGGCGAUUUCUGGGCUUUACAUAUUCAGUUUUGCAGGACAUAUUGUCUUCCCUAAUAUUCAUAAGGAGAUGAAAGAUCCCUCCAAGUUCACUAAGGUAUCUAUAGUGAGCUUCACAUUGGUGACACUACUCUACACAGCCUUAGCCUUCAUGGGUGCCAAAAUGUUUGGCCCUGAAGUAAAUUCCCAAAUCACCCUCAGCAUGCCUCGCAACCUCAUAGUCACAAAGAUCGCGCUCUGGGCAACGGUUCUCACCCCAAUGACCAAAUACGCACUCGAAUUUGCACCCUUCGCAAUGCAUCUCGAUCACCAUCUCUCUCAUUCCAUGAACAUGAAAUCCAGGACAAGGACGAUCAUCCGAGGCAGUGUUGGCUCAUUUUUGUUGCUUGUAAUACUAGCCUUGGCUCUCACUGUGCCCUACUUUGAGUAUGUUCUCAGCCUCACAGGCUCUCUCGUCAGCGUUGCAAUUUGCAUCAUUUUUCCAUGUGCAUUCUACACCAAGGUUUUUUGGAAUCAAAUAUCAAGACCGCUUAUCAUUCUCAAUGGAUUGCUCAUUGUGUUGGGCUGCCUUCUUGCUGUGUCUGGAACCAUUUCAUCAUCCAAGUUACUUAUAAGAGACUUACAUAGAGCUCACUCGCCAUGAGAAUAAACCCAUGGAGAAGUUAUAGUCUUUGCGAGAUUUGAAUAGUUUUUCUUCUUCUUCCUCCUCUUGUUUUUUUUUUUUUUUUUUCAUCAAAAUAACAA